UUAGCCACACCCUUUGAACUAUGACGCCAAUCAUCCAUGUAAACGGAAGUAAACGACCAAAACUAUUUUCACGUUAGCGUUUUUAUAUAGACGUUUAUUAACACCAUGGAACUAAGAUUAUGACUAAUUUAACUGCACAGCAUCACAUAAUUACCCCACGUAGUAUUUAAUUCGCGUUGGAUACCAGUCUUGGUUGAUAUACGUUAUCUAGGUAAUGCUAGUUAUCUGCUAACGUUAGCUACAAUGGCUAACUGUAUGGUUUUUCACACUCAAAUAGCCUCCAUUAUGGAGGUGCUAGCGAAUGCAGCCGUGGCAGAGAUCUGUAAACUCGUAGACGACGAUUAUGCAGUGUUUCGAUUGGAAAUCACUCAAAGCCAGAAAGAAAACAGGGGAUUGCGGAGGAAACUACAACUACUGGAACUGAAGGUGGCACGAGAGCGCGUCGUUGCCAGUCGUCCCAGUAGUGUCAAGAUCCUCGACCGAUACAGAGGAAUGGCAAGAGGUGAAGGACAUCUCACUGGAGGCCACAAGAGCUUUGUGAAGCCAGCAGGACCCAAUACAUGGGGAGAUGACCAACCAAUCACUGUUGAUGAGGAGAGUGGAACCACAACCCAGCACAUUAUUGUGAUAGAGUCUACAGAUGCAGAGGCUGCAGGUCCUGGGGUUAAGCAGGAGAGGUCUGAAGGAGAGGAUGACCUACGGCACAGCAGAGACAUCCAGACUGGAGAGGCGGCUGUAGCCACGGAGGACACCACCACUGCCCCAGCACAGCCCAGGACCCGGUGCAGUAUCACGGAGGAGGGUCCAGGGGUGCUGCUGGGGAAGGAGGAGGGUUGUGAGAAGGGUCUGGGGAACUUUGAGGGGACCAUGGUCAUGGAGGACAACCAGACAACACCACCUCCUGAACCCACAGAGGAAACAGCUGAGCAACACAGGACCACACACAGUCUAACUGAGUCAGUAGACAUGGAGGAUGGGAAGCCUGAUCUGCUGCUGGUCAAAGAGGAGACGAUAGAAGACGAACCAGAGAGCAUUGAUCUGUUGAGUGGACUAAAGAUGGGGGAGCAAGGUGGUUGGCUGGAGGCUAACAGAGGAGACUGGGUGGCCAUUUUGGAAUCCCAGACCCAGACUGGUGCAGCCAAGGGCCCAGUGAACAACAUCACAGAGCAGGCCUGGACCAGAGGUGACAUAGUGGAGGUCAGGGGAUGGGACAGCAUCCUCAACUCUGGGCUGGGGAAUAACACUGGUAACUACAACCAGAAACAGACAGUCGAACCCAAAACAACAUCUGAACAUAAUCUCCAUGACAACAGACUGGCUGAGACCAGGGCGAGGCGUAGAUUUGGUCUGCGGGGACAGGAAAGUGAACAUAUGCGGCGGGAGAGUACAGACUUGGCUUACGAUGCUCCGUCCUGCUCCUAUAAUUGUGAUUCAGAGACAUUGGUAGCGCCUCAGGUUAACCCCCUAACAGGUGCUUCCUUCAGUCUGCCUUCUAUAGGAUCUAUCAACUGUAAUAUGGACCCUGCGAUGACACUCCCUGGCCUUCGUUCUCCUCACACUCACCUUAUGUUAAACCAGACCUCAGACAGUGCCAGUGCCUCAUCACUAAAUAGCUACACAAGCCCAUUGACAAAUGACAGUAGUGGAGACAGAAUCAGUAAAGGUGGUGGCGUCAAAGAGAAGCGCUUCCCGUGUUCGUUUUGUGGGAAAGCCUUCAGUUUUCCCCAACAGGUGGAGAUUCACCAGAGGGUGCACACGGGGGAGAAACAAUUCAGCUGCCACCUGUGCCGGGCCAGUUUCUCUCACUCCUUCAGCCUGAAGAGGCACCUGAGAGUCCACACAGGGGUGAAACCCUUCAGCUGUACCCAGUGUCACAUGCGCUUCGCCCAGGCUGGUCACCUGAAGAGGCACCAGAGGGUCCACACAGGGGAGAAACCAUACAGCUGCCCCCAGUGUGAGAAGAGGUUCUCCCGCCAGGACCAGCUGAAGAUGCACCUGAAGGUCCACACGGGAGAGAGACCAUUCGCCAGUACGCACUGCGGGAAGAGGUUAUCAGAGAGGAGCAACCUCAGGAUGCACCAGCAGAAAAAACUUUCCACUCUAACAUAAAAAGUAACCAUUCCCCUGGAUAGCUUCUGACAUUUAGAUCAAACCCAGCAUUAAAGACAAAUAUACAUUUUCAUUGUUGUCAGCAGAAAAGACCCACAGAUUUCAGUGUUGAAUAUUCCUGGGUAGAAUAUUUCAUCCAGACAUUGUGUGACAUAUAUGGCUAAAGUCUAAAAAGUAUGUUAUAUAUUGAGAGUUUAGGACUAUAAGGUUCUAUCUGCAAAAAGAUGGUUCUGAGAUAAUUGGCUUUACAUUUCUGAACCCUCAUUGGUUUGAAUGGUGUCAUCUAUUUUUAUCUUGUAUUCUUUUUAACUAAACAACGAAUUGGGUUAUUAAGUGUACUAAAUAGGUAGAGAACAUUGAACAGAACAAUGCUAUAUCAAUAACACAAUUUUUAAGAAACAUUCAGAUCGAACCAAAGCUCGCAAUUUUGUUUGUAUCAGGGGCAAAUCUGGUGCUUUUAGAUAGAAUGCAAGCUAUAUUAGAUCAAAUCCAGACAGGAACUUUUUUUAGGGCAGGUGACCCACAUUACAAGUUCGAUAAGAUUGACAGACAUAGUAAUAAAAAAGCCAUAUUUAGGGAGCCUCCAAAGAGGGUGGAAUAUCAAAUCAAAUCAAAUGUUAUUUGUCACAUACACAUGGUUAGCAGAUGUUAAUGCGAGUGUAGCAAAAUGCUUGUGCUUCUAGUUCCGACAAUGCAGUAAUAACCAACGAGUAAUCUAACCUAACAAUUUCACAACAGUUACCUUAUACACACAAGUGUAAAGGGAUGAAGAAUAUGUACAUAAAUAUAUGAAUUAGUGAUGGUACAGAACGGCAUAGGCAAGAUGCAGUAGAUGGUAUCGAGUACAGUAUAGGCAUAUGAGAUGAGUAAUGUAGGGUAUGUAAACAUUAUAUUAAGUUGCAUUGUUUAAAGUGGCUAGUGAUUACAUUUUUUACAUGUAUGGCAGCAGCCACUCAAUGUUAGUGGUGGCUGUUUAACAGUCUAAUAGCCUUGAGAUAGAAGCUGUCUCUUGGUCCCUGUUUGAUGCACCUGUACUGACCUCGCCUUCUGGAAGAUAGUGGGGUGAACAGGCAGUGGCUCGGGUGGUUGGAAUAUGUCAUCGCUACAAAUAAUUUACAGGACACCUAGAGAUUACUAUUCCCAACUAUUCCCAAGACUUACUUUUUUUCUCUCAAAGUAAGAAAAACGUUCAAGAAUUUACAAUUUUUAUUCACAAAAAUGCACGAAAUAGUGAUGUCGGAUCGUUGUCCGGUAUCAUGCCUAAUUACACCAACAGAAAAUACACUUAGCGACAGAAUCUGUAGAAUGAACAGAGUGCAUCUUCUGGACCCGGAAUGUAUUAAAUACCUAAAUGAAACCAUUACAAAUUUAGAAAUAGCAGACAAAGAAAAGCCAACCCCCAAUAUAAUUUGGGAUGCCUUUAAGGCAUACAUUAGGGGCAUACAUUUUUUUUUUCCUCAUUUAAUUUCUAUCUUAGAAAAAGCCCAUAAAAGUCUUUACAAGGAACACAAGAAAGACAUUUCUGAACUUAAUUAGGAAUACGAUCUUUUACUUUUGAAGAGAGCUAACAACUACAGGUUAAACUCAAAUAAAGCAUACUACUUAGUUACCAAUUUUAUUUGCCAUUAUCUGGCAGCUCUCACAAAACACUACAUUCAUGUGGUAAUUAGAAACAGUGUGAUUAAUGACAAUUUUAAAAGCUUCUAUGAAAAUGUAUAUAAAUCAGAAUUAAACAACAGUUGGACGGAUCCUAUAGCCUUAGACUCAAGAACCCUGAAGCAAUUAUCAGCAGUCAAAACAAUCACUAAAAACAGAUCACCCAAAAAUAAAUAUUGGAUACUAUUAAAACAUUAGCAUGGAGAAAAGCUCAAUUUUAGGGCAAAAUACACCUAUUUACACAAAUGACAACACUCGUCACUCAGUACGUCCUAGUUCCAUGUAUCAAACUGUUAUUUCAGUUAUAUUAAAACCAGGAAAAUCUGGAGAGUCCCCUGCUGAUUAUAGACCCAAAAGUUCAAUAAAUUGUGACAAUACAAUAAUAGCAAAUGCUUAUAAGCAUUAGCAUGGCAAAAGUCUUACCAGACUUGAUACAUCAAACAAACAGGGUUUAUUGAAAAUAGACAAAAUACAAGGACAUGUUUAAUACAAUACGCAAAAAAACGAGAUCAAGAUUUAGCAAUAAUGGCUGUUGAUGCCGAAAAGGCUUUCGACCGUCUUAAAUGGCAUAUUCUAUUCAAAACUUUGGAAGCUUUCAAUUUUCCAGCUGAAAUAAUACAUUUAAAUAAAAAAUUAUACAUUACCUGAUGAAAUUGCUUUAAAAAGGGCACAAUACAGGGAUGUCCUCUCUCCCCCAUCCUGUUGAUGGAAUUAAAAAGAAACUUAAGUUACAUAUCACAAUAAUGUUUGGGAUAUCAGAGAAACCUUGAGGGAAUCUUAUUUGAGUCAGUAAAGGGUGUUCAUAUGAUAAGAUAAGAUAUACAAAACCUUGCAGAAUGUUUGGGAUAUCAGAGAAACCUUGAGGGAAUCUUAUUUGAGUCCGUAAAGGGUGUUCAUAUGAUAAGAUAAGAUAUACAAAACCUUGCAGAGAGCAUAUCCACCUGACAAUCUUAGAAACAAAUAUAAACUAUUGAAACCAAAACUUAAAAAGAACUGAUGUUGGCACAAGAUGGAGGGAAUGUUGGUGCAUAACUAAUGAAAUUACAGUUAACAAAUGUACACUUAAUCCAGAAUAAACUAAUCAAUAAAAUGUAUUAUGCAAGAGACAAAAUUCACAAAUGACUCAAUAAUCCAUGCUUUCUGGACAUGCUAUGACAUCCAAAAGUUAUGGGCUGAGUUAGAAAUUGUGUUAGCUGUGCUAACAUAAUUGCAAAAGGAUUUUCUAAUGAUAAUUUCAAUUAUGCUAACAUAAUUGCAAAAGGGUUUUCUAAUGAUCAAUUAACCUUUUUAAAAUGAUAAACUUGGAUUAGCUAACAACGUGCCAUUGGAACACAGGAGUGAUGGUUGCUAAUAAUGGGCCUCUGUACGGUAAUUGAGAUAUUCCAUAAAACAUCUGACGUUUCAAGCUACAAUAGUUAUUCACAACAUUAACAAUGCAUUUAUGAUCAAUCUGAUGUUAUUUUAAUGGACAAAAAUGUGCUUUUCUUUCAAUAACAAGGACAUUUCUAAGUGACCCCAAACUUUUGAACGGUAGUGUAUAUUAUGGGGUAUUGUGUGUAGAUCAGUGACAAAAAUCUGUAAAUUUAGUCAAUUUUAAAUUCGGGUUGUAACACAACAACAUUUGGAAAAAGUCAAUGGGUGUAGUUGAAUACUUUCUGAAGGCACUGUAGGUUUGAUUGAUUUCAAAUUCAUGAAUGAAGAAAAAAAUAAUAGCCAGGUGCAUCACUAUUCCCAUUGAAGAUCUAUUACUGUAUGUAGGCUAUAUGUAUUUCUCCCUUACCUUGCUCCCCCAUCUUUAGUCCACUCAGCAGAUCAACGCUCUCUGGUCCGUCUUCUAUUGCCUCCUCUUGGACUAGCAGCAGAUCAGACGUCCCAUCCUCCAUGUCUACUGAUAGUAAGACAUACAGAGUGAGAGGAUGUUGGAUUAAGAAAUCUGAUAUGAGCACCCUGCUAUGGAGCAUCUUCUGAUUGGGCAAUCAGGGAUUGCUACGAGUACUAUGCAAACAUGUUAGAUGAUUUGAUUACUUGACACUCUUUAACGGUGUGAUAAUUAGGGCUGUGGUGGUGACUAAAUUUCGUCAGCCGGUGAUUAUCAAGCACAUAACUGUCUGUCUCACGGUAAUUAACAUAAACACAUUUAGCAUCUCCUGGCUUCCACACAAGCCACUGAUGCAGACCUUUGGAACAUCUACAUUUUAAAAAGGCUAAAUCCAUGUAAUAUAGCUUACACCUUCACAAUAAAUCCAUUAUUUAUUUUAGACAGGUCUAAAGAAACAUGAUAUGAAGGAAAUGUAGUCUAUUUCAAAGAACAGAAUAGCAUGUCCUUAUGUUAGGUCCUGAAAUAGAAAGGAUAUUUUCUCCAAACAAUUUGCACUAUUAUGUGUUGAGCGGUUAACAAAGAAAUAGUUCCUCUAUGCUUCAUUUAGCGUUAUUAGUGUAACUUUAGUUGUCUACAAACGUUGGGCUAUAUACACUGCUCA